ACAAAUAAAUUAACCCAAAAGUAAAACACCUGCUUCGACUUCAGAGUGGACGAUUAGAGGAAGAAGACAAUGGAGAAGGGAGACAUGGUACGAUGCCAGAGGAUCGGCUGCGAAGCUAUCUUCUCCGACGACCACAAUCAGGAUGGCUCUUGCAGAUAUCACGAUUCCGGGCCAAUAUUUCAUGAUGGUAUGAAGGAAUGGAGCUGCUGCAAGCAAAGAAGUCAUGAUUUCAGUUUAUUUUUAGCAAUUCCCGGUUGUAAGACAGGCAAACAUACUACAGAGAAACCAAUAACCAAGGCUGUCCCUACAACUACUCAGAAAGCAACCCCAACGCCUGUUCAAAACAAAAGGACUGACGAUGCUACUGCUUGUUCAAGGUGCCGCCAAGGUUUCUUUUGCUCAGAUCACGGCUCAAAACCAGAGAUUUCAAAACCGACUGUACCAGCCGCUGUGAAGGAUGAAUCAGCGAAGAUCACUCCAGCUCCGGUCAAAAAAAUAGUGGAUAUAAAUGAUUUACAGACCUGCAGAAACAAAGGAUGCGGAAAAUCCUUCAAAGAGAAAGACAACCAUGAAAAUGCAUGCGAGUAUCAUCCAGGUCCUCCAGUCUUCCAUGAUAGAAUGAGAGGGUGGAAAUGCUGUGACAUCUUUGUGAAGGAUUUUGAUGAGUUCAUGGAAAUCCCCCCUUGCACAAAGGGAUGGCACAAUGCAAAUGCAUAGCUGUACUGAAACUGUGAGAAGCAAAAUUGCUUUCAUAUGCUAGACUGGAGAUUUUUUCUUGAAACUGAUGAGGUAUUUUUGUUUGAGUGAGCUUUAACUUCUUAUGAACUUGCUUUCAUAUGUUCUGCAUCCUCUCAUAAUUUAUUGCAUAUGAUUUUAGAGGUUAUUUGCUUGCAAGUA